CAACAACAACAACAACAACAACAACAACAACAACAACAGCAACAGCAGCAACCUGCAUCUCCCGCACCCAUGUCACCUACGGCUCAACAUGCUGCCUCUCCUGAACAGCACCAUAGGAGAAAGAGAGUCUACCCUCAACAAAUUACCAGUGCUUAUACUGGCGAAACUGCUUCUGCUACUGUUCCUUAUUCUUCAGGUUAUGCUCAACAACCACAACAAUACGGUUCACCUGCUAUGGCGUCUCAGCCUUUGCAGCACCAGCCGCAACAACAACAGCAACAACCUCAAUUCAUUUCACCCAUGGGUACACCCUCAACUGGUGGUGUUGGCGUUGCUUCUCCUUACGGGCAACCUCAACAACAACCACAACAAAUGCAUGCACAACAGCCCGGUUAUGGUCAAUCUAUCCAACAACAAGGAUAUAACGCGUAUGGACAGGAUCCUGUAGGUCAAAUGACCUCUCAGUUUGGAAAUAUGAGUAUGGGCAGUGCACCACCUGUUACUCCUGCUGUACCGUUGUUAGGUGCUCGUCCUCAUAUUGCUGAUCUUGGACAUAACGGUCCCGCUGUUCGUUUACCACCUAAUAUAUCUGUCACAGAUUCCCCUUACGUUAACUGUGAUCCUUCUUAUAAAUGCAGUACUAUCAAUGCUAUUCCUGCUACAGAAUCUCUACUGAAGAAAUCUAGAUUACCAUUUGCACUCGUGCUGGCACCCUAUAGAAGUUUGAAAGAAGGCGAUGAGCCUGUUCCUGUGGUUAAAGAUAGUGUUAUUGCCAGAUGUAGACGUUGUAGAACUUAUAUCAAUCCAUUCGUUACAUUUGUUGAAGGUGGACAACGUUGGAAAUGUAAUAUGUGUUUCUUACUCAAUGAUGUACCUGCUGCUUUCGACUAUGACAAUCAUACGCAACAACCUGCUGAUCGUUGGAAGCGUCCUGAAUUGAAUUAUGGAUGUGUUGAGUUCGUUGCGCCCACCGAAUAUAUGGUACGACCUCCUCAAGCACCUGCUUACAUGUUUGUCAUUGAUGUGUCUUAUUCUGCGAUUCAAUCGGGUAUGGUAGCUACAGCAGCUCGCACCCUUCUUGAUUCAUUGGACCGUUUACCUAAUGAUGAAAACCGUACACGUGUCGGUAUCAUCACUGUCGAUUCCUCUCUGCACUUUUACAAUCUGAAUGCUACUUUGUCCGAACCUCAAAUGUUAGUGGUAUCUGAUUUGGAUGACGUCUAUUUGCCUUCGCCUACCGAUUUACUGGCAAAUUUGACGGAGAGUAAAGAAGUAGUGAAGAAAUUGUUGGAAAAGCUGCCUGAUAUGUUUAAGGAUACGGUGAAUGUGAACAAUGCAUUGGGAUCUGCUCUUCAAGCUGCAUUUAAGCUUUUGUCACCCCUCGGUGGUAAAAUCGUUUGCUUACAAUCCACCUUACCCAACACAGGUGCUGGUAUUUUGAAACCUCGUGAGGAUGUCAAACUACUCGGCACUUCGAAAGAAUCCACCCUUCUCAAUGCUGCUUCACCCUUUUACAAGUCAUUCGCUGUCGAUUGUUCUCGUUCACAAGUCGCUUGUGAUAUGAUCAUCUUUGGUGGACAAUACUCUGAUGUAGCCACUCUUAGCUGCGUUCCUCAUUAUACCGGUGGUCAAACGUACUAUUAUCCUGGAUUCAACGCUGCCCGUACAGAAGAUGCUCUCAAAUUUGCCCACGAAUUUUCCGAACUGUUGGCUGAAGAGAUUGGUUUGGAAGCUGUGAUUCGUAUCCGAGCCUCUCGCGGUUUGCGUAUGAGUGCCUUCCAUGGUAACUUUUUCAUUCGUUCUUCCGAUUUAUUAGCCCUUCCCAAUGUACCUCGCGAUCAAAAUUAUGUUGUGGAAGUAUCGAUGGAAGAUGAUUUGAAGGUACCUACCGUCUGCUUCCAGACUGCUUUGUUGCAUACGGCUUCCAAUGGCGAAAGACGUAUUCGUGUCAUCACUAUGUGCUUGCCUGUAUCCAGUUCGCUUUCUGAAAUUUAUGCCAGUGCUAAUCAGCAGGCUAUUACUGCCUACCUGGGUGUGAAGGCUGUUGAGCGUGGAUUGUCAUCAAAAUUGGAUGAUGCUCGUGAUGCCAUUGUGAACAAGGUUGUCGAUCUCAUGGGCGUAUACAAAACACAUAUUUUGGGUUCAGGACAAGGAAGUACCCCACAACUCACCGCCCCUGAUAACCUGAAGCUGCUUCCCUUAUUGGCUCUUGGUUUGAUCAAGCAUGAUGCUUUACGUCAAAGUUCUCAGAUUCCCACAGAUAUGAGAUCCAAUGCUAUGAACUUGGUCAAUACCAUGCCCUUACAACUCCUCAUCCCCUAUCUUUAUGCCAAUCUCUAUUCCCUACACAACAUGCCUGCUGAUGCUGGCGAGAUCACUGAAAACGGAGUGGUGUUCCCACCUGCGCUCAACUUGACCGCAGAAAAUUUAGAAGUCCAUGGUUGCUAUCUCUUGGAAAAUGGUCAAAACAUGUAUAUCUGGGUAGGACGUAAUGUGGUACCUCAAUUGUGUGUUGAUUUGUUCAAUGUCAAGUCUUACGAGGGCCUCAAGGGUGGCAAAUACACUUUGCCCAUGUUAGAAACACCUUUGAAUAAAAAGGUGAAUACAUUGAUUGGUAAAAUACGAGAGCUAAGACGUGGUAAUUAUUAUCCUACACUUUACUUGGUGAAAGAAGAUGGUGAUCCCUACCUCAGAUUAUGGUUCCUGGCACAUUUGAUUGAAGAUCGUACCGACAACAUCAUGAGCUACCAGCAGUUCUUACAACACAUCAAGGAUAGAGUCAGUUCAUCCUCCUUUUAAAAUAAUCCCAUUAAGAACAUAAACUUGACAAAAAAGUUAAAAAAAGAAGGGAAUUCCUAUUUCUUUUCCCUUUUGAAUUUGUAAAAAGUAAAAAGAGACUACUUCUACAAAUUGCUUUUUUUUUUUUUUCUUCCGCCCUUAGUUUCAUAUAUAUAUCAUUUUCAU